AUGUCCAAACGACCCGGCCACCAAGGCUUCACCCUCCCCCGGCAGCCGUGCACCAAGGAUGGCACCCCCCAGCAGGCGGAGGACAAGUCUGGACUUGACGCGGGCAAGGCGCCAACUGCCUCCCAGCGGCGCGCAAAUGCCCCACCCCCGCCGCCCUUCUCGUCGCUCGUCACGCCGCCCCCGCCGCCGCUCUCCCCUGCCGAUGACAUUCGCCAGGCGGCAACCCGGCAGCCGGGCUCUCCGGCGGCCGUUGCCCCACGCCCGACCUCCAGCAGGGUGGUCCGCCCGCCGGUGGUCGGGUCUCCCCCCGGCCUGGAGCCCAGCACCUCCCCGGGGGUUCUUGCCUCGCCAUCGCGCAGCAUCAGCAAGUCGCCUUCGUUGCGGCGCUUCGCCAUCAAGCGCAACUACCGGUCCAAGCAGAUGCACUUCAAUGCACAGCCCGACGCCUCGCCGUCGGGAAGGCUGGCAUUGCCUCGGCCGCGACCGCCACUGGCAUUGGACUCGCCCACGGACCUAGCCCGGCACCAGGCCCCGGGCGAUGCCAUGGUGGCCACAUUGGAUGACCCCGCGCCGCGCCCGGCCGAUAGCUCGGACGAGGAGCGCCCCGCGGAUGGGACCACUGCCCAGCCCCCGCCCGCCCUGCUCACGGCUCGGCCCCGGGAUCCCGGAGUGGGGGUCUCCCCCGCAGCAGCAUCCAUGCGAACCACCCAUAGACGCCCUCUCGGCCGCGGGGGGAUCUGGGCAGGGGAGGCCACAUCUGCCUCGGCUGCUCUCCGCCAGCAACGCCAGCAUGAGCGGGCCCAGGCCGCACGCGCGGCCAUCCUCCAUUCGCCCAACCGCGAGCCGAUCCUGCCGCCGCUGCCGGGGUCGGCUCUCGGCCCCGGUGGUCAGUCUCCCGGAUCGCCGGCCAACACCCCGGGGGCCUGCUCCUUCAGCACCGGCUACCUGCGCCUGUCGCGCAAUUGCCCGUCCAUAUAUGUCCAGUCGAGCAGCUCCUCCCUCUCGUCGGGCCUCCCGGCGACCCCGGCGGCUCGGAGUAGCUCCGCCUCCUGCGCCUGUCCCCGCGCUCCGGACUGCCGGCCAACGGCCCUCCCGAUCGAUCCUCAGCCCUCGUCCGCGUGCCAAGUGCCCGUCGCGGCCUCGGGCCCGGCCUCGGAUUUGGUCCUGGACCAGGCCCCUUCAGCGCCUCCGGCCCCGGAGCCGCCCGGCCCCGGCGCCACCUCGGACGCCGGCCUGUCCAAUCCCCCGGCCGCCGGGUUUCGGCCACGGAGACAGAAAUCCUCCUUCUCGGAGAGUGCCCUCUCCUGUCCGAAGGCCUUGCACUUCAUGCAGCUCAGCCUGAUGGACCGGCUCGGGGGCAAUCUGCCAGCGCGGCCCGCCCCGGCCACAGGCGACAGCCGGGGAGUCGCAACACCGGGCCCCACACGCCACCAGUUUGUCAUCGACCCGGAUUACACCAUUGCCCUGGCCCUGACCCGAGCCAGCAAGCUGGCCUGCCCGGCCGGACCGGCCAGGCAUCUUUCCGAUUCCGACAGCGGCUGGACCAUGGAUUCCGGGUCCGACAUGUCGGUCGGGCUGGACUCCUCGUCGGAUGCCAGCUUCAUGUCGCACUCGAGUGCCACCAGCAACAGCGAUUCCGAUUCGGUUCGGAGGCUGGCUCCCCGCCAGGCGGCCGCUGGCCGGCACCCCCGUACCCCGGCCAUGGUGGCUCCGGCUGCCCACUUUGACCGGUAUGCCCCCUGCAUGAAGCACCCGACCAUGCGGCGGCGGUCUGUCGUUGUGGGGAGCCAGCUCCCACACCACUCCUCCUGCUCGGAGGCCUGUCUGUCUCGCUGCCUGCGCCAUCCCCCCCGGUCAACGGUCCUCGGCAAUCGCCUGUUCUUCCACCGGGGCAUGGACUACCUGAACACCUGGCCCGAGCUCCAGUCCUCCACCGGGGUCGACUGCGGGUCCGAGGAGGACACCUCCCUCUAUGGCUCGAGUGCGCAUGUGGGAAGCAGCAGCAGCAGCAGCAGUAGCAGCAGCGCCAGCAGCAGCGCCAGCCAGAGUCUCGACGGCUUGGCGGCGCCGGGGGGGCUGCCCUUCGGUCGCUCGGCGGGCGGCCGCCAUGCGCGCGACCCCCUGAGGCGCAUGUCUUCAUGGCAGGCAUCCAGCCUUGGCACUGGCAGGGGUGGCAGGCCCGGCCCGAGCAGCCCGGUCGAGUUGCUGGCGGCGCGGCCCCGGUCGGCCCCGGCAACGUUCGGCAUCGUCGGCGCCCGAUCGACCGGCUCGCUGGCCCGGCUGGCCCGCCUCGCGCGGGGGGGCCGCCCUGGCGCAGCGCCCCCCUCGGUGGCCUCGGCAUCGGCUCCCUCGCGCACCUCAUCCACCAGUAGCCUGCCGGCUUUGCCCGGCGCCCGGCAUGGGCUGGGCCCUGUGCCGGGGUCGAUGUGCAGGCUGUCGGCCGCUUCGAGGACAUUGCUGCCGACCAUCGGCCUGGAUGGCCGACUGCUGCCCCUCAAUGCGGAUGGCUCGCCGGCGCCCUUCGACUUUCGCCUGUUCCGGUCGGUGUCCACCGAUGCACGAGACUGGCUGUGGGUCCUGCUGCGGUGGCUGGCGUGGCGCGCAUUGCUCGGGCAUGUGUCGGUGAUGGCGCGGCUGUUGACUUGGCCAUCGGCCGCCGGGGCCACCAUGCACCGGCAUUGCGUCGGCUUCUUCUGUCCCUUUUGCUUGCCGGGCGUGGACUGUGCCUUGGUCGAUGAGGUGCCUCGCGCGGGCGCCGGCACCGACCAAGGGGCUCCCCUGCCGCCGGGCCCUGGCGCAGCAUCUCCGGGGCCGUCCUCUCCGGCGGCGGCGGCGGCGGCGGCGGCGGCCCACAUGGAGCUCUCCCUGUGGCAGGUAUUCCAGCUUGUGAGCAGCUGGUGGUGGGCCCACCCGGCCAGCGGGCUGCCGCCCGUGCAGCUGGCCCUCGCGCCGCUGGUGGUGGGCCUGCUGCUUGGCCAUCUGGCAGCCAUGUGCGCGCUGAUGUGGCUGCAGGAGGUGCUGGAGCUCGGGUCGCGGGUGGCCCUGCUCGGGUGGCUGCUGUUCGAGCGUCUUUCCCCGCAGUAUCGGACGCUGGUUCCGCUGCUGAUGUGCCUCCGGCACCGGCGCUUCCACCGGCACCAGCACCGGCACACCCACCGGCCACGGUCGGUGAUGAUGGUGCUUCGGCGUCGGGCUCGGCGCGUGCUCCGGCGCACAUGGCGCCUCUGUCGGCGGCUGGCAUUGGCCACGGCCGAGUCGCUCGGCUUGGCGGCUCUGUCGCGGCGGAAUUUGCCGCUCAUUCGCCUGCACCUGAAUACCACCAUCCUUUGCUGCCUGGCCAUCAUCGUCCUGCUGAUGGUGUGUGGCAAGUGGCCGCAUGCGCUUGUGGCCCUCGGGAAUUUGGCCCUGCUGACGACCCUGCGCGUGCGCAUCGAGCGCCCAACUCGGCGUCUCCUCCGGUGGCUGGGCACGGUGUAUGUCCUGUCGCAGCAUGUGGUGUUGCAGAUUUUCUCCUGCCCCCUGCGCGGGACCGGGGCCGUUGCUGACACCGGCUCGCCGGAGAUCGACAUUUACCCGGGCUUCAUGACGGCCUACCUCUUCCCGCUGUCUUGCUUCGCCCUGUCGCUGGUUCCGGCCCGGCGAGUGGCAUCGCGGCUGCCGGUGGUGCUGAUCCUGCUCCUGAAUUUGCUGGCCUAUGUGGCCCUUCGCCAGCGCGCCCUCUGCCCGAUGACCAACCUCCUGGCGGCCACUCUGUACCGGGCCACCCGGCUGGACAUGCGCCCGCGCACGGCCGACCAAUACCAGGAUGACAAGGCGGCCCUUGCUUUGGAGAUGGACCUGUCCCUGGGGCAAUGCCCCAGCACGGAGCUCGGGAUGCACUUUGGCCGGUCAUCCUGCGGGGACUUCGGCGGGGCCGAUGACCCGGCCAAACCCGUGGCCCGGUGCUGGCCGAGCAUCUACUUCGAUGGAUUACGGCCGGCGGUGCCGCUGGCGCGGCUCGCGCCCCCAGCGACCACGCCGGCUGAGCGAUCGCUGCCCAUCAUGCCGCAGCUCCAGCUGCAACAUACCCCCUGGUUUGGGCUGCUGCCGCGGUGGCUGGUGCAAGUCGUCAAUCCGCACAUCGAUGUGACGACCAUCCUCCUGGCCCCGGGCAUGGUGGCCAUCUCCAUCAUCGCCCUCAUGAUGUAUGUGCACUCGCUGCGGGUGACCACCAUUUCCUAUGGCCGGGAUUUGGUCCGCGCCAACAAGCGCACCCGGGCCAUCCUGACGGAGAUGAUCCCGCCAUCGAUCCUGGGCCGGCGCCUGAAGAUCGGCGCCGGCAGCGACCGGGCCCUGAUCGACCGUGUGCCCCUGGUGACGGUGCUCUUCAUGGAUGUGGUGGGCUUUGUGGAGAUCUCCAGCACCAUGACCCCGGUGGCCGUGGUGGCGGUCCUUCGUGCCCUGAGCGAUGAGAUUGAGCGCCGCAUGAAGGACAUGAACGAGGUGGAGAAGGUCAAGGCCAUCGGCGAUGCCUUCAUGCUGGUGGCCGGGGUGCCACUCCUUUCGCGCACUGUCCGGUCCGCUCGGGGGCUCACUUCGGCGGCCGUGCUGGGCCCCGGUGCGAGUUCCCCCCGGCACCGGCGAGGAUCGGCCACUGGCGGCCGGCAGGCGGCCGCCAGUGGCGGCCCCCCUUCGCGGUCGUCGCAGGUUGCCCAUCGGCAGAAGAUCGGCCGGGUGCGGCCAGAUGGCACCGAGAGCACGGACUACAUUCUGGUGCAUUACACCUCGUCGAGCCCCCUGUCGCGGACCUCCUCCAUGACCAUCUCCCCCUCGCGGGCUUUGGAGCCCCCGCCGACCAGCGACAGCACCUCGGCCCUGGACGACCGGACCAGCGAGGAGGAGGUGACGCUCAUACCGACACUGGGACAUCCGCCGGGACGCCCCACCUCGCGCUUGGGCGGCGGGGAUGCCGUCUCGGCCACCACGCCGAUUAUCGUGCAAUCCGGCCUUGUGGCGGAGAAUGCCGGCCCCACCUCGCGAUCGGCCUCCUUCUCCUCGGACCUCCCCUCCUCCGGGACACCAUCCUCCUCGUCGGACUUCUCCUCGACCAGCCGCAAUCCCUCCUCGGAUUCGCCGUACCUGUCGACCAACUCGAGCACGGCCACCUUCCACCCGAGCACCACCGAAUCCCAUUCGGUCAGUGGCAUCCUGGAUGUGGUGGUCGACCUGUUCGCCGGGGAGCCUGGCCAGGCCUCGGCCGCUGUCGGCCCGAUGCCGGCCCUGUCUUCACUGCCGUCCUCCUCCUUGUCGUCCUUCUCAUCCACCGGGUCGGUGGAGUUGCUGGCUGCGGUGCGGCCCCGGCCAUCGCUGCGGGCCGCGACCGUGCCUUCCCGUCCGGCUUUGGACCCGGCCGCGUCGGGGUCGCCCGCCGUGUCGAACUUCUGGACUCGCAGUGUCCCCUUCUCGGCGUCGCACCUUCGUCAGGCCAGCACCGGCGUCGUGCCCCCCCCUCCGGUCCCAGCAAGGACCCUUUCCUCGCCGUCUCUCGGGUCGCCAGCGCGCGGGCUGCAGGCCGGCCAGGUGCACCCGGCGAACUUGCCAGAGCAUGUGCGAGGACUGACGACGGGGGCGUCAACAACAGCAGCAGCAGCAGCAGCAGCGGCGGCGGCGGCGGCGGCGGCGGCGGCGGCGGCGGCGGCGGCGGCGGCGGCGGCAGCCCCCCCGGAGACCGGGAAUGCCGCCAUCUCCAUGGCCCCCGGCCAAGCAGGUAGCACCCACUCGCUGGCCGGAGCCGGGUGGCUUGCCUCCUCGGAAUCCUGCCACAUGAUGAAUGACUCCCAGGUGCUGACUUCCGGGUCGGACCCCUCGGUGAAUGUCACCACCGAAGGCGCCGGCGGUCCACGGCAGCGGGCUUCCUCGGAGCUGGGGGAGUCUUCCCUGCUAGGGGCACCCCUUGGCGCUGGUCAGCCGGCCCAGGGUUACGAUGGCUCGCAGCCAGCCCAGCCCCACGCAUCGGCAUCACCCAUGCAUCCAACCGUUGUUCGACUUCAGGCUGGGGCUCGGCCGGCCAGGCGCCGGCCGCACUUCCCCUCCCCUCUCUCCAAUAUGGCCACAAUGUCGUCUACCUCGUCGCUGGAGGCAUCGCCGCCGUCGUCGCCGCCGCCGCCGCCGCCGCCGCAGGGUCUCCCGUCGGACACUGGCCUCGCGGUGGAUGGCCCCCCUGCUUUCCCGGCCAUGGUCGCUGAUGGCCAUGGCGGCGGCGAUGCCACCGUCGCCGACCGGGUGCCAGUAAUGGCCUCGGCCCCGGAAGCCCCGCUCCAGAAGGCUGCCAGUAAGGUGUUUGUCGCGACAUCGCACUCGACGCCGCUGGCAGCUGGCAGCAUGGCAAAAGCUGGCCCUCCCGCGGGCGGGGCGGCCGAUAGUCACACGAAGUUUGUGGCCUUCUCGCUGGACAGCGACCAUCAAGUUUCGGUCCGUGCGACCCCCUUCCAGGCAUCGCCACCAGAGGCAUUUGGACCGACCCGCGGCCCGACACAGGACUCGGCGCCGGCGGACCUGCGGCCGCAACAGCAGCACCAGCAGCAGCACCAGCGACAGGGUGCCUCCACCUGGGAGAGCUCCUUCAUGUCGGUCGACGACUCGCCGGACCUCCUGCAGCAGCAGCAGCAGCAGCACCAGCAUGAAGCCAUCUGCCCGGAGGACCGGGCCAACUCCGAUCGUGGCUUGUGCGAUCUGGCUCGCUUGGCCCUGUCCAUGGUGGAGCAGCCGUUCAUCUUCCGCGUGGCGCACCUCCGCCGUGACAAGCAGCCCCAAGGAUCGCAGGGCAGAACCGCCGGGCGGUCCCCACGAGCGGGCCAUCGCCCGAGCGUCAGGGAGGCCGAUUUCUCGCAGCAAACACGCCAGCUAACCUUUCGCAUCGGCAUGCACCGGGGCGAGGUGGUGUGCGGGGUUAUUCCCGGCCGCUUUCACAUCUUCGAUGUCUGGGGCGACACCGUGAACACGGCCAGUCGCAUGGAGUCGUACAGUCUCCCAGGGCGAGUGCAUUGCACAGAGGCCGUGCGCAGGGGGCUGAUUGACACGCCGGCCGAAUGUGGUGGCGGCGAAUGGACCUUCGAACCCCGGGGCAAGAUCUCCAUCAAGGGGAAGGGUGACAUGAAAACCUACUUCCUGGCGAGCUUUCGGCCGAUGAGCCACUCCUCCCCGGGCUCCGACCACAGCAGCACCCUUGUGCUGAGUGCCGAUGAGGACGAAGGGUAG